CUCCCGCCCCGGUGGCGCGCCUGCGUGCGCGGAGGCUCGUCCCAGGCGGGCGGUGCUUAGUGCGCUGGUUUUUCAUCCUGGUUCGGUUCCUGAGACUUCACAUGUGCACGGAGACACAGUCACUUGAGUGGACCGGAACCAAUGCUGCGUUCAUUAGCGGAAGGUCGAUGAGACAGAAGAGGGUGAAACUCACCGGCCGCGACUGACUGACGCGCGCUGGUCACGUCAGUUCGUCUGUUGUUGUUGUUGUAGCUGCGUGUCCGUCCACUAGGUGUCAGCCUCUCAACUCACGCGCUCGCCCGGGCUGUGGGCGGGCCCUGUGGUUGUGGGUGGCGGUGACGUCACGGCGUGUAUUUAAAGUCCUGUGCGGACCGACAGCAGCGGCACAAGUGCGCGGCUCAGCAUCUCCAUCCUCCUCAGCCUCCUUUGACGUCAUGCCAAACUCUGACCGGGUGGUGCUGGUUCUGGGGGGCGCGGGGACGGUGGGUUCCGGGGUGGUCAAGGCUCUGCUGGACAAAGGGUUCCGGGUGGCGGUGGUCUCCAGGCAGAGCAGCCGGCUGGAGAGGCUCCGAGCCUUUGUUUCUCCUGACACCAGGAAAAACCUCACCACUGUGGUGGGCAACGUGGGCUCAGAAGAAGGAGCGGAGCAGAGCAAGCAGGAGCUGCUGAAGGAGGUGGGCCAGGUGACCGACGUGGUCUCCUCUCUGGGCUUCAGCUGGUGGCAGGGCGGACCACCUCACACCCAGACCCUGAAGGACCUCCACUGGGUCCUGGACACGCUGCUGUUUAGCACCUUCGUGUCCUGGAAGGUUUUCUUCCCCCUAGUGAGGGACGACUGCAACUGCACCUACACCUUCAUCACAGGGGGCGCCGGAGAGAAGCUGCUGAUGCCGGGGACCGGGUUCCUGACGGUCGGCGCGGCCAGCGCUCUGGCCUUCUGCCAGGUCCUGCGAGAGGAGUACCCGGAUGUGGAGUGCAAACUCAACGAGGUGAAGAUCGACACGGGCGUCGGGACUCCAGAGCACCUGAGCCCCGGGUUCCUGAACCACCUGGAGCUGGGCGCGGCCGUGGCCUCGCUGGUGGAGAGGAGGAGCGCCGCCCACUCCGUCUUCAACGUCAACUGUCCCGCGGACCUGAAGGGCCUCCUGCUGGAGGGACACCUGUAGAGCGGUCAUGUGACCAGCGCCAUCCAAUUCUUUUGCUAAUAAAAGUCUGGUGACUAAAUCAGAGCUUCUGUGC